AUGAUAUUUCCUAUCGCCCUUGCAGCUUCCCUCACUGUUGUCGCAGCGACAGCUAGUGAUGCUCCGCUUAGCAGCAGCAAUCAUGCAAAGAGUUACGCACCGUACUACGUUGACUGCCCCCCAGACAUACAGCUUGUUCGUCAGCCUCGCCAAAUAUCUCAAGCCGAGUCUGAAUGGGUUCACGGUCGUAAAGCAAUCGUUGCCGAUUCACUCAGUGCCUAUUUAGGUCGAUUGAAUCUGUCAGAUUUCAAUUUGAUAGAGUAUGCGCAAAGAAUUCAUGAGGAUCCUGACUACAAUGUGCCAGUGAUUGCCUGGGCCACCAGCGGUGGUGGCUGGCGCUCAGCAUACACCGGCAUUGGUGGCCUCCAAGCCAUUGAUGAGCGGACUCCAGGUUCCAAAGAGGCCAAGGUUGGCGGUCUUUUUCAAAGCUUGACUUAUAUGGCGGGACUUUCCGGUGGAUCUUGGCCUACUGCCUCCACGGCAUUCAGUGAUUAUGCCCCAAUUUACGAACAUGUCAAGGAGUGGCAUGUAGAUAUUAAUCGGUUCGACGCGGCCAACUUCACGGAGUACGCUGCCCCCGUCACUGCAUAUCUCGAAACGAUAGCCGAAAAGGUUGAAGUUGGGUUCAAUGUGUCUACUGCCGACUUUCUCGGUCGCGGCUUUGCUUAUCAAUUUGUCCCUGGAGUCAAUCGCACGUGGUCGUCUAUUGCUGAACAGCCGGGCUUUAAGAAUUUCUCUGGGCCAAUGCCAAUGCUUAUCUGCAGCAGCAUUAACAAGAGUUCAGAGGUCCUAGAUGGCCUUUACUCUCCUUCCCCAACUUCCCCAUGGUUUGAAUGGAAUCCCUUCGAGUUUGGGUCCUGGGACUUUGGAUUUGUGCCCAUGGAAUAUAUUGGCACGGUUCCCAAUGAAAACAACACCGCUGAGAAAUGCGUGAGAAAUCUCGAUCAAGCUAGUUUCGUGAUGGGCUCCGCAGCGAGUGCAUGGAACAGCUGGUGGUUAGGAGCGACUACGAACGGGACCCUUGGGCAAUUUUCAAAACGUCAUGAUCUUGAAAAACGAGAUUCCGAUAGCUUUUUGACCGGAAUUUCGUCGCUGUCCUAUCUGAACAACUAUUUCAAGGAGGCUUAUGGUUACACGCUAGCACAAAUCAGCAACCCUUCAAUCCCCAAUCCUUUCAACAGUGAGGAGAACAUCACCUUUGCCGACGGCUCCGAAGUGGGGCAAUCAGUACCAUUCUGGCCUUUUAUUCAACCUGAGCGAAAGGUUGACUUCAUCAUGGCCUGGGAUGACGACGCCGACUCUGCCCCAUACAGCUGGAACAACGGCACCAACAUCUGGGAUACUUACAACCGUGCUAAGGAAAAUGGUCUGCCCUUCCCAGAAGUGCCACCGGUCUCAGAGAUGCUAGCACGGAACUACACAUUGAAGCCUGUUUUAUUCGGCUGCGACACGAACCUCACAACAACUCGCGAUGCUACCUCUCCAAUUGUCGCUUAUUUUGCUAAUUCACCCUAUAGCUGGUACAGCAACUACUCCUGGGCAACUGGCAAUAUGUCAUACACGGAGUUUGACGGUAUCUUGGAGAACAGCUUCAACCUGCUGACUCAGGGGAAUGGAACUCUCAGCAAAUCCUGGGUGGAUUGUCUCGGGUGUGCAGCAAUCGAUCGGAGCUUACAACGUAUGGAUAUUAAGAGGCCUCAAGCUUGUGAGAAAUGCUUCCAGGAGCACUGCUGGGAUGGCAGCAUCACUGAAGGUAUCUCAGAUGACUUUGUGUUGGACCCCUCUCUGGCUUUGAAUCAGAGUCUUAGCUAUGCUGAGUGGAGUGAGAUGCAUCCUGAUACCUAA